AUGGAUCAGUUGGAACAAAACCAAGCUGCUAUGAGGGAGGAUAUGACCACUAUGAAGGUUCAGAUGGGUCAACUUUUUGAAGCCCUGCAAGCUCUGGCUAUAGGACAAGAGGUAAUGCGUCAGGCUAAUCUGAGAAUCGCUGCCUCCAACCCUGCUGUUGUGACGAUACUGGUGAAUCCACUAGGAGGAGCUGGUACGCCUGUUGUAGCUCAGCCACCUCUCGAAAGAGGUCCAGUAUACCAGAAUUCUAAUCAGACGUUUAAUAUCUCCGCCAAUGGGAGAUUCCAACCUGAGAUUGACGAUCAGCAGGAUGCUUUCUUCACUACAAAGGCUGACUCAGUUUAUGACAUUUUUGGUCCUUCUCCUGCUGACCUCGAAAGGAGAUUUCAAAUGAUGGAGGAGAGAUUCAAGGCGAUGCAAGGUCCCGAUACCUUUGGGUUGGAUGCUGCCGACAUGUGCUUAGUGCCAGGCGUGAAAAUCUCUCCUAAGUUCAAAGUCCCGAGCUUUGAAAAAUAUCAAGGGGUCACCUAUCCAAAGACUCACAUUCGAGCUUUCUGUAGAAAGAUGGCCACUCAUUCUAAUGAUGAGAAACUCUUAAUGCAUUUCUUCCAGGACUGUCUUAGUGGAGCUUCUAUGGAAUGGUAUAUGCAGCUCGAGCGCACACAUAUACGAACCUAG